CAGUGAUCGCAUCUGUCAGAUUACAGGACGGACUAUACAUACCCGGCUGCUGGAGGAUUGCUUGGUGAUCAUGACACUGGAGGACUCGGACAUCUGUGAUAAUCAGACCCACAAGAUGCACCCUGUCGCUUCUGCCGUGGAGCAGGUCCUGGACGUGGCCCAUAGUCGGGGCUCACUCACUGUUGGGGUGUAUGAAUCUGCCAAGUGUAUGGACCGAGACCCUGACAGUGUGGUACUGUGUCUUCUAGCAGCAGAUCCAGAAGUGGAUGAUGUGGCUUUAAACAUCCAUUUUACACUGAUACAGGCCUUCUGCCGUGACAAUGACAUUAACAUUUUACGAGUGUCCGGCUUACAACGCUUGUCAGAAAUCGUUGAGCCGAUGAUUGGACCAAGCUCAGAGCCCUUGGACCUUCACUGUAUUCUAAUUUCGAUUCAUCACAACAAUCCCUGGAAAUGUUCAAGUUUGGAUGAGGUCUUCAAUUACUGUGCUGAAUGCAGGUCCAGGAACCAGUGGAUUCCUUUUAUGUCACUAAUGGACCGGUGAUAUUACUCAGUCCAUUCCAUGCCCUUAACAUUGUGAACUUGACAUGUGCAAAAGUAGAGCGUACUGGCUGCGUGGAUUGUUCUCAAGCUGUGCCAUGCUUGGUGUUAUGGAAUCUUAAUGUCCAGUCAAUGGCAAAAAACUGACACUUAACUUGAUACUCUGAACAAUUUUUAUUUUGAAGUAAAGAAGCAGCUGGAUCUGCAAGCAGUUUUACCCAAUUUUACCAUGUAAAAAAACUAUACAAAAUUGAAUUUAUUUUAUACAUUAAAAAUUUGCAAGCUAUUUUUUGGGCAAGCCUUUUCGGCCACUAGUGGUGCCUUUGUGAUGGAUACAUUCCUUGGAUCUCGCCAUUUAACCUCAAAGUUGUUAACAGAUUAUUUUUAGUCUUACAUCUGAUUAGCAAUUGCCUCCUUUGGCACUGCUUUACAAACUGUUUAGACUGGAUACAUUUUUUGUAGGAAUGCAUUACACUGUUUUGCCAAAUUUCAAUUUUAAUGCAAAAAUGGAUGUAAGCCGCUUCCAUGUUUAAUUGCUCCAAUAAAUGUUUGCAAUUGUUUUUGA